AUGAAACAUAUCUACUCGCAAAGUGGUAUUGUUCUUUGCUGGCUAGGAUCCCCAAGUGAUAUAAUACACGCCGCGAUGGAUAGCGUUGGGGCUGUGGCUCGUGAGCGAUAUAUCCGUGAUGCUGAUAUCGUGUAUUACGAACAUCUGCAUGAACUUCUCGGCUGUUUCGAACAAUUGCAGAGUCACUUGAAAAAGUCCCACGCUGCAGAUGCCAAAAGUCGUCUGCAAUUCGUUGAAGAAAGGUCUGCGAUGUCCGGCAUUGUCGGGGAUGUUGAGAUUCAUGCAGUCGCGAACGCUCUCCAGCACACGACAAAGGUGAUAUUCGGAGUGCUGCAACAGUCACAUGGCGUAGAGCUCGGAAUUUGUCGAUCGAUGUUACUAAGUGUCUUUCAUGAAGUUAGAAACUGGCACGAUCAGUUUCGUAAACGGGCUAACAAACUCGAUGCCUGUCUUCGGGAAUACUCUCAUCCCAUUGCCUUUCUUCUGGCCUUGCUGUCCUACAGAGUACGCAAUUUUAGCCAAAUAUGCCAAGAAUACUGCCUCCAGGUGUGUUGCGAUGAGACAUACAACAACUUACUUUGGCUUAAACAGUAUCCAUGGCUCUACGGAGUCAAAGAGGUUGAAGGAGAAAGUUUUACAGGCCCCGCUCAGCCACUUUUUGACGUAUUGUACUGGAGCCGCAUAUGGAUACGACUUCUCGCUCAUCACCCCGUUUUUGCCUGCGGAUCUCGGUCAAUUCCAUUGGAGACUUUAGAAUCCUUUGCAACUUGGUUGGAAAAGGCAUAUCAGCCUAUUUGGAAACUCCUUUAUCAUAUCUUCGAGAGUCGUGAAGCCAUAGGUUUCCCUGCACCUUGUCUUUGGCGCCCAGACAAUCUCAAAACUAACAUCUGGUGGGCUUCACCAGAUGCUCGUGCAACAAAUCCCAAAGAUUAUUAUUACGGUUUUCUCGGUAUCACGAAUCUCGACCUUGCCCCUGAUUACGAUCCGAAUAAAUCGGUUGGACUUGUUUGCCAGGAGUUCAUGAUUGAAUAUAUUAGGUCAACUCUUGACCAAUCUAAUCGCCCCUUAGGAGGACCUCUGGGCCUUCUCAUGUUCGCCGGUGUUGGAUAUGGCUGGGACGUCGAUCCCGACAUGCCUUCAUGGGGCCCAAAUUUUCCAGGACAGGCACAAGCAAAACCAUCUUCCAGGGGGGAUUCGGAGGCAAUCCUUUCACAAAACCCACAGGGAUUUGAUUGCAUCUUUAAGUCAAGAUCGGAUGCAAUAAUCACGGGCUCAAGAAUGGAUGUCUCAGUGAUUAUUCUUGAUCGUAUUGAGGCUAUCGGACCUAGGGUCUCUGACUACGGUAGACCUGAAUUGCUACAUAAAACAGGCUUGCCGAUAACUUGGUCUUUUGAUUUCGCGUUACGCCAUAAGAGUUAUGUAGCAGGGGGCCACCCACUGACCGCAUUGCGCUUUCUUCUGGAGCCAACGAGUAUAUCUCACAGCGAUCGAGAUAAAUUUCCCAUCAAAGAUUGUCUAGAAUUUGCUAAAUUUCUAGGCAGAUUUGGCCUUCAAGACAUGGAUGGAAGGUCUAGAGUUGUUUUUGCACGUUUGUGCUACCUGAAAGAUCUAUUGGACCAAGUUCCUGAUCCCGCCGUCCCCGAGGACGAAAUAAGCUACUGCGCCAACAUUUGCACAACGAGCAGGCCCUAUAAUCAUACUAUAGCAGAGACAAAGAAGGGUUAUGUUGGAAGGUUUCCUCCGAAGAUACAGGGGGGUGACUCGAUAUGUUUAUUGAGUGGGCUUGACCAAGUAGCUGUACUCCGGCAGAAGGAUAAGCAUUAUGAAUUU